UUCAUUGCAGCAAGAAGUACAUCUACGAGUUGUGGAGAACACGCAGUGUCUGCUAUUGUCAUAGAGCAGGUUGAACAGCUUAUCAUAUGUCAAUGUAUGGUAGGUUUUGUUGGAGACCCAUACAUUAAGUGUGAACCUGGUGAAGAGGUAUAUGGGAAAAAUGGUAAAGAUGCAGAUUCAUUCAUUGUAGAAGAAUGUGCAUAUGUAACUUGUGGAGAAAAUGCAGUGUGUGCUAAUAUCACAGAGGAGGGGGAACUACUCCCCAUAUGUCAAUGUGUGGAAGGUUUUGCUGGAGACCCAUACAUUAAGUGCGAACCUGGUGAAGACAUCUUCGGGCAAAAGUGUACAGACAAUAGCAACUGUGAUGAUAAACAUGCCUGCUAUAGUGGAGAAUGUCAAGAUCCUUGCGUGUUCAGAUGCCUACAAAAUGAAUGUGUUGUGCUAAACCAUGCUGCCAUUUGCUUGGGACUAAGAUACAAAGAAAAACCACUUAAAGUUCUGAGGUAAGCUGAAAGCAGUCAGCAACUUGGACAUUUAGCCAUGUAGUUCAUGAAACAUAUCUAAAUACAUGGCAGAGACUGUGAGUGAUGUUUUUACUACUAAUAAUU